AUGAAGACCCACAGAAUACCGUGGCCAGGAGGGCUUGAAGUUUGGUAUAGUUACACCGGACGUGUUCUAGCUGAAUGGAGCAAUGUACAUAGGUACUCGGGAGCGUCACGACAUCGUUCUAGAAGUAAUGGGGGAUGGAAUAAACGUGAACAAGAAAACACAGUUGAGUCUCUAGAGCAGGAAGAAGUCGUCGGCAAGUGUGUGAUCGCUACAACUGAUCAGGCGAUCUUGCCCAUGGGCAAUGGGUACCUUUGGGUGUUGAGUGCUGAUGGAGUCCCAUACAGAGUGACAGCUGAGAGUAAAAUAGAGCAUAUUUCGGAUGCACAGUGGAAGCCUGAGCCUGUGAUAAUCUCUGGUGAAAAGAUUAAAGUCUGCCAAAUUGCUGCUACUCCAUAUGCGGCGUUUGCCCUCGAUUCAUCGGGAGCUGUGUAUCAAUUUGUGCUGCGUUCUCAUCUCACAAUACGUCAGAAAGUGGAGAUUUAUGCAAAUCAACGAUGGUAUCCUAUGAUCGGUUGGUCAUCGCGAACCCUUCCAACGGAUCGAGCCUCGUUCAGCAACGAGGAUGGAUCGAAGUCUGGAGGAAUGGCUGGGUUUCAGUUGAAGUCAGAUGGCUGGCGAUGGGAAGAGCCUUGGAUUGUUGACAUGGAUGUGCGAAAACACGACAAAGAGGGUUGGGAAUACGCCACAAAUUUUGUUGGUGCUGUGUGGAAGUCUGAAAAUGGGGUCAGCACAUUUGUACGGCGAAGGCGGCUGAAAAGACACAUGCGGUACACAAGCCUUGAGAAAUGGGCUGAACUUCCUCGAAGUAACAACGUGCUCGUUGAACUGACUGCUGGUGGUUUCGAUUUGUUGCAGGAAAAACAAUGUCUCCUCUUUGUUCUCUGCAAAAAUGGGAAUUUGCUGAGAAGAGUUGGAAUCCAUGCAAACAAUCCCGAUGGCGAUGGCUGGCAUGCAAUCGAUGGCGCUAUUACGGACGGAGAAAGAGAGGAAUUUUCGAAGAUUUGCUGUUCCCCUUCUUUGGGUACUCUGAUCGCAUCGACAUGGGAUGGACGGAUGUUUGUGCGGCACGGAAUCACAAGGGAUACACCUGAUGGCGUAUCAUGGUCACCACUAGCAACUCUUAGUUGUCAUCCAGUAGCUUUCGUAACUGUGGGGAGAAAUUCUAUGUGGACCACUUCAGUAGAUGGAAAAUUACGGAUUAAGGAGCUGGAAUAUCCCCACAAUUUCCACGAUCCUUCUACAUUUUCGACCUCAAAUUACUCCAUCGUGGGGGAAGGAAUCUAUGGAAUGUGUUUGAACGGAAGAGAUCAGCUGGUUGCUAUGUCCGAUUUCGGUGCUGUAUACGUUCGUGAUGGAAUUUCAUCAGCUGAACCAGCUGGUACAGUUUUUCUCAGGAUUGUGGAAAGAACCUCUUCAGAACCGCAGAAGUGGCUAAUGGUCACAAAUGCCGGGACAAACUACACGAGUCUGCCGAAGCAUUGGAUAAACGAACAUGUGGUCAUGGUCAAUACGUCACAUUAUAGAGAUGCAAAGUGGAGAAAACAGAUUCUAAAUGACCUAUGCAUUGUCAAUGACGCGUACUGGGAAGCUUUCAAGUUAAUGAACAAUGAUCUUGAGGAUAUGAUGCAGGAAGAGGUCCAAGGUGACACUUGGAGUCGGAAUAUUAGGGCGAAAUUACGAGUCCAUGGUGAGCGACGGUUUAUGACUGGGAUGCUUCAUCUCAGUCAUGAUCAAUUGGUGUUCCAAUCCAGCGCUGGUAGCAUUGUUUCAAAGUCUUUGCAAGAGCUAACCUCAUCAGUUCGUGACUACGACUUUGGCACAUCCACAUUCGUGGUUCGAGCAAGUUUUUGUGAGGAAUCAUUGGAGUUAGGGUUUUCAGAGGAAUCUGUACGAGAUGAAUCGCAUGAACUAUUACAACAGGCUGCACUAGGCACCAGAAAAUCCUAA